AUGGCGAACUGUAGAAUUCAAACAGUCCUCCUACUUGCGGCUGCAGUUCUCGUUUGGUGUACCAUCUCCAUCGCAGGGUUAGAUAAUGGGCUGGCUCGAAGACCACCGAUGGGAUGGAUGAGCUGGGAAAGAUAUCGUUGUAUUACGGACUGCAAAAAGUAUCCCGAUGAGUGCAUCAGUGAAAAGUUGUUCAAAAGAAUGGCCGAUUUAAUGGUGUCCGAAGGAUAUCGGGACGCUGGCUACGAGUACGUGAACAUCGACGACUGCUGGAUGGCUGACGAACGAGAUGCUAACGGUGUGCUGCAACCGAAUAAGGAACGAUUCCCAAAUGGAAUCAAACAUUUAGCCGACUAUAUCCAUGAACGAGGGCUCAAGUUUGGAAUCUACCAGGACAUUGGCACCAAAACCUGUGCCGGAUACCCCGGUAUGGUGGGUUACUUCGAGUUAGAUGCGCAAACGUUCGCCGACUGGGACGUUGACUUCAUCAAAAUUGAUGGCUGUUACGCGGACGUCGAGCUCAUGGUAGACGAUUACAUCAAGUUUGGCGAAUACAUGAACAAAACUGGCCGCCCAAUACUGUACUCGUGCUCGUGGCCUGCGUACCAAGAGUACAACGGCAUCAUCCCCGAUUACGAGCAGUUAAAGGAAACCUGCAACAUGUGGCGCAAUUGGGGCGAUAUCGAGGACUCGCAUCAGUCGGUGGUGGAGAUUACGAAAUACUUUUCAGACCAUCAGAACAGAAUCGUACCACAUUCUGGACCGGGUCACUGGAAUGAUCCCGAUACGCUCAUUUUGGGAAAUUAUGGUCUGAGCUAUGAUCAAAGCAAAUCUCAACUGGCCGUGUGGACGGUAAUGGCGGCUCCACUGCUGAUAUCGAAUGAUCUGGCCAAAGUACAACCGGAAAUAAGAGAGCUGCUACUGAACAAGGCGAUCAUUAAGGUGAACCAAGAUCCCCUGGGCAUUCAGGGAAGGCUGGUGAAGAAAAUCAACAAAAUAGAGAUCUGGAAACGACCCAUUAUGCCCCGCGUGGGUCACGAGCUGACGCAAGUUAUUGCGUUCGUCUCACGGCGUGCCGAUGGUGCGCCAUACUCCGUAAUCGUGAAGCUUCAAGAAGAUGUCGGCCUGAGCAACAGCACCAUCGUCAAGGGCUACAAAGUUUACGAUCUGUUUGACCCGAAGACCGCGCCAUUGUUGCUGCGCUCGAGCAGUUCCUUCGAAACCCGCAUCAACCCAUCCGGGGCCAACCUUUACCGCUUCGUUCCCCAGUACGGCACGGACUUUAUCCGCUUCUGA